UGAUAAGGACAUUCUCAGCAGCGCAAUACGUAGCCAGGCUAUCGAGUAGUUAGAUAGCCGAAUACAUCUCUUCCUAUCCUGACAUUCUGUGCGGAGAAGACCUAUUGUCCAAUACUUAUAGACUUGCUGCGGUGUUAAACGAUUGUAUUCAAAUUUAGUGUAAUAAGUUAACUGUUAUUUAUGUUAGUUGUAUUUAUUUGUCGGUGAAGUUACGAUCCGGUGUCGCUUGAGUGAUUUUUUUUCACGUAUGAUUGCUGAUAAGUGCAAAUUUUUCUUUUGAUUGCCUCCAUAUACAUUAACAUUACCCAUACCAAGUCCCAAGUGGAGUCAUUAAAUAUUGUUGCCAUUGUAUUGCAAGCUGCAUUCGUGCGAUAAAACAAUGCCACAAGUUUCAAUUCGCCGUGCAGAUAUGGUCUUAUAAUCAGCGAGAAAAAACGAUUAGUUUGCAGAUUACCCGCCUUGCUUUACUGCUGCCAAGAAUUUAUUAUACCGUCAUAAUCAAAUCUAGUCCCGAUAAGCUACAGCAAAACGCCCCAACAUGUACCAAAAACGCUUCUUGCGAAUUGUCUACCUGCUCCUAUUCGUAGUAGUAGUGAUACUACUCUACAAGAGCUUCACUAAUGCUCCGGAAUCGAAUCAAUUACAGGAUGAUUCCUUAGCUCGCCCAGCUGACGCGGCAGUCUACGUGAUGGUCUUCUACGAAGCACUUUGUCCGGAUUCGAAAAAUUUCAUCAUCAAACAGCUUGAGCCAACCUUUGCCCGGGCACCCCAUUUGAUUGACAUUCAAUUUGUUCCGUACGGAAAGGCAUCGACUAGCACCAAAUCGGACGGCUCGUUGGCAUUCGACUGCCAGCACGGCCCCAUCGAAUGCGAAGCGAACACCAUUCACGCCUGUGUCGUGGAAGCCGUACACGAUGCCAAAAUCCGCCUGAACAUGGUCGCCUGUAUGAUCCUUGACAAUAUGAUCCCGAAGGAUGCAUUCUACCGGUGUGCCAAGGAGAACGGCGUAGAAAUCGAGUCUAUCCAAAAAUGCUACGACAGUCCGCACGGGGCUGAAUUGCUCAAACUGCACGGUGAAGCGACGCAUGCACUGCGACCACCGGUCAGCUUCAUUCCGACCGUCACCCUGGACGGUCAACAGGGACGGCAAGCUUCCAUGCUGAAGGAUCUCUUCGGCGAAGUAUGCAAGAUUGCCUCCGGACGGGGACCGAAACCGGUGGAAUGCGAAUGAUAGCAAAUGGUACUGUAUUCGAUAAAUCGGUUCCUCCGAACCGAGGUGUACGAUGAGGUCCGUCAAAUUCCGGGGCGUAUCCAACGCUCGAUCCUACUGCUAUUGCAGUAAGUUGAAAAAAUUCCCUCUGAUUUGAAUCCUAUUUAUGUGCAGCAGUCAGUCAGUACUACACACAACGAUGAUGCCCUCCACAGAGACUUGUUUAGAACAUCGAUUUACUAAUAAGUUUGAAUGAAAUUAUGUGUUUGUUCAACCAAAAUG